AUGGUGAAGAACACAAACCCAAGUAUUCCUACUCCUACUAACAAUGUUGUCCGAGGCACAACUCUUGUUCCAGACACCCCUCGUAGCCAGAAGUCUUUCGGGCGCGAUGUUGGUGUCGUCCAACUUCGUCCGGCAAUUGCACAAGAAAUGGACGCUGAACUUGUCAGGUGUCCAGUUACGGAUUUCAUUGAAACAUACCUUCCUUUUGCUCCCAAUGACGCCGAGAUGGCUGUUCUCGUUGAGAAAUUACUCAAAGAGAUAAAUCCCUCGCCUGUUGCGGACGGCGCCAGAAUCACUCGUAAUGCCGCGAAACCAAAGUCUUCCAUCUUGGUUGGAGACGAGAAAGCCUUCCGCUUCCGCAACUAUCCAAAACCGGGCAUGAUCACACAAUCUUCUCAUGACAGCGAAAGUUCUGCAUAUAAGGGUUGGCUUGAUAUCGCUCAUGCCAUUCGGAACCUCAAAUUUUACAACGAUAAUCGCGCAGCUAACAAUUUUGAAUAUCGGAACAUGCCUAAUAAAGAGAUCGCAUCAGAUAUCAAGGGGUCCAACAACAUGAUCGAUGCUGCGUUUUUAAGGCAGAAUGCACAUUCAAAAGAACUGCGUACCACGGAUAUAGCUGUUGUCAUCGAACAGAAGCGGUUGAAGACUGCUUCCAAGAGGCGAGAGGCUGUUUCUGCAAAUGCGCAGAUUAUGAAUGACGAUGACCCUGGGGUAUUAAUUCGAGUAUUUGCCGCCUUCUUGUUUGCGAAAGAGGCAGAGCUUGGGUACGAUCCCACAAUCGUUCGGGAGCCAGAUGGCCAUUACACUUUCAAAUUCCCUGACCCGAAACGAGAGAAUCAUUCCCUACUCUAUCGCACCAUCAACACACUCUCAGAGUAUCGUUCGAACAACAUAACUGGACGUAUGGCUCGCGUUUAUACAGUUACAAGGCUUGAUGAUCAAGGCGCGCCCUAUGGGAAUCACCUUGUUCUCAAGGAUGUUUGGCUUGACACUUCUGCAUGCACAGAAGAAAAAAUCCAGGAAUCUAUCUUCGAUGACAUCGAAACGUUUUGGAAAAAUGAAAAGGCACCGAGUGUGGAAAUGAAAAAGCUCAAGGAAAAGUUCAAACACUUGAUCGAAAAUCAGGAAUACAAACAAUAUUUUCUUCAAAUAGUCCUCAGCUUCUCUGGGGAAACUACCCAAGAAUAUCCCAAAAGUGCCAGAAUAGAGAAGAAGAUUCUUUUCGACCCAUCUCAAAAAUCAGCACCUCCCAAUCCGAGGAGUGGAACAGCGACUCCAUCCUCUCUCGUCCGCGACGUUGGCGAGGAUACGCGACCCCCGGUGGAUUCUGAAGUCGAACCUAGGCCUAUUCGAGGAUUUGAACCCAAAAAGCAAUAUCGCGUAAUAUAUAACGAGGUUUGUAAGACAGUGGGUAAACUUGAAACACUGGGCGAAGUCGUUGAUGUUUUGCGACAAGCACUCAUCCCACUUCAACUUCUCUUUUGUGCUGGCUGGGUUCACCGAGACAUCAGCUCAGGAAAUAUUAUGGCAUAUCGUCAAGACCUGGAAAACGGCGACCAACCUUGGGUCGUGAAACUUUCAGACUUGGAAUAUGCAAAGAAAUUUCCCAUGCCGCGUUGUGAACCAGCAGCCGACCCCAAGACGGGAACACCAUACUUCAUGCCUCUUGAAGUAAUGCAAAAAAGCUAUCUGUUCAAUGCAAAGCAAGCUACACUGUGGGCAGCUCCCAUGGUCAGUGCGUCAGACAUCGUAGGCGGGGCAUUGAGGGCCACCAGAAAAUCCGAUGGGCUGGAUGCGUCCUCCAAGAUAGUCGUGCACAAUUUUCAGCAUGAUCUAGAGUCUCUUUGGUGGAUUUUGGUCUGGACUCUCACCUGUCGCAUUGGGUCAGACGCCGCCUUCGCAUACGGGAGAACUAUCUUCGUGAAUCAGAUGAAGCCAUCAUAUGCAAGAGCUGAAUGCUUCACGGAUGACGCAGAGCUUCUUGAGAAGCUCAUAGGUUUUCUCCCGCCUUCAACUUCAGAGAACAGCCUACCCGAGUUGGUGAAUGUCUUGAGAUAUCUCAUGAACUUGCAUUACGUCAAACGAGUGGGUACACGGACUCACUUUAACCCCGAACAAUACUGCUCUAUCUACAACGACUUCGAUCUCGUCUUCGAUACCAUGAAGGCGACCGCAACGGAAUGGUCGUCCAUUGAAUUAAUCACACGGAAAAGUACCGAUAGUGUCGAGGAGGAAUCUGUAGCACCGAUUCGUAAACGACAACGAGCUGAUUCGGAAGAGAAUGUCGAGUCUCAGGGUGAUAAGAGAGGGGAUGCAGCCCAAUCCAAGCCGAACAAGAAGAAAAAGUAA